GUAUUUGUAAGCCAAUUUGAAAUUGUAUGUGAAAAUCAAUUAUUAAAUCUUUAUAUACAUACACAGCGAUUGUUUUUCAUCACAUUUGACAAUGUGACACGUAUUUAAAUGUAGUAGCCAUGAUUUGUACAGAUUUUUUGAUUAGCGGUGGAAGAAAAAUGCCGAUGGCAAAUUGGCAAUCGAAAGUCAAUGAUAUAAAUAAAAUUCUUGGUCAGAAUGCGGAACCAACUGAGAUUCGGAAAAAGCUAUCGAUGGAUUUGAGGACAGUAAACAGCAGAAGAGAGUCAAACGGAACCAAUUGGUCAAGUCCAACAAAUCUCUCGGAGCGUUUGAUGAAUGUAAUCAACUACAGUGAUUUCAAGGGUGCAUCGACAAAUCAAACGCCACACGGAAAUUUAGACGAAUCAAAUUGCAGCCCAAUAGUCACCACAACGUUUUAUGAACAGCAUGGUGACACCAACCAACACUUACCACGAAUUAGUUCCGAUCCAAGGAGCUCGAACAAAUGUACAUUUGAUUGGUUGGGCGCGGGAUGUAGUUCAAGCAACGUUAGCAUUGAAUUAAAUCAUAAUCCAGAACAAGUAUUGAAUCUCAUGGAAAUGGCCAAGAAGAACAUUGUCAAACUCAUCGACGAUCAAAUUCAAUUAAUCAAAUAUAAGCCACAAGCACCGAAACAGUGCAAACAACUCAAAAAAUUGGAAAUGUUACAGGCCAUCAAAACGGUUGAACGACAAGAUUGUAUACGACGCAUACGGGAAGAGUUGACAUUUAAAAUGGAUAAUUUAAAUAAAUUGCUCUGUGAAUUAGAUGAGAAAUCUUGA